AUGUCGGGGGGCAGAAACGGCUGUCCGUCCGGCUGGUCCCAAUAUGGAUCCAGAUGUUUCAUCUUCAUGCACAGAGAGAUGCCCUGGAUAGACGCAGAGAAAUACUGUGUGCGCAACGGUGCCAACCUUGCCUCCGUCCACACUGCACAAGAGUACCGAUUCAUCCAGGACGUGGUGAAGAUGGCCACGGGUGGAUUUCGCCAAACCUGGAUUGGUGGCACUGAUGCGAUUGAGGACCGGACCUGGUUCUGGAGUGAUGGAUCAGGGCUUCAUUUCCAGCUUUGGGGCAUAGGAGAGCCCAACAAUUUAAACGGCAAUGAGAGGUGCCUUGAAAUCAACCGCUCAGACAGCACAGGAUUGAAGGAGCUGCAAACUGAGAAGGAAGUCGGAGAAGAGAUUCUGGAUGAUGUCUACAGGAGCAGCUGUCCACCCGGAUGGUCCAAGUAUGGAUCCAGAUGUUUCAUCUUCAUAAACAGAGCGAUGCCCUGGGUGAAUGCAGAGAAAUAUUGUACGGGUAAUGGUGGCAACCUCGCGUCCGUCCACAACCGAGGAGAGUACCAGUUCAUCCAGGAGGUCGUGAGGGGGGGCACAGGUCGGUUUCCUCAAGCCUGGAUCGGCGGCAAUGAUGCUGUUAAGAACUAUGUUUGGCUCUGGAGCGACGGCUCAGGGUUUCAUUUCCAGGACUGGGCCAUAGCCCAGCCUGACAACAAUCAGAACAACGAGAAAUGUGUUGCAAUGAACCAAGCAGAUGAACUCCUCUGGGGGGAUGUGAGAUGUGAGCUGAGCCUUCCCUUCGUCUGCGGAACAAGACCACUUUAA